AAUUCCAUCGCGACAAUUUCUUGCCUGCACGCAAGCCAGCCAGCCACUCCGAAGCGAAGUCUUGCUAGGGUUUGGGUUGGGGGGAAUCUGACGCGAGAGCGGGAGCGAAGGGGGAGGAGAAGAUGAUCGAGGUGGUGCUGAACGACCGCCUGGGGAAGAAGGUGCGGGUGAAGUGCAACGAGGACGACACCAUCGGCGACCUCAAGAAGCUGGUGGCGGCGCAGACGGGGACGCGCCCCGAGAAGAUCCGCAUCCAGAAGUGGUACAACAUCUACAAGGACCACAUCACCCUCAAGGACUACGAGAUCCACGACGGGAUGGGGCUCGAGCUCUACUACAACUAGGCGCCCUGACCCACCCCGACCGUGCUGCGUGCCCCCCUACUGCUGUGAGGUUAAUCUGAAUUUUUCUGAAGCCAUGGGUGCACUUCCAGUCGCAGUGUCUUUAGCUAAUGAGCUCACAUACAUAUAGGCAACUUGAGUGAGCUAUGUAGUACAUACAUGGUUGUUGCAAGUUACCAAUGACUAUUGACAGCCUUGCAUAUAUUGUCAUGUGACAAGGAUGAACCUGCAAAAUUAGUGUGCUGCUACUCGCAGACCUUACCUUAAAUAACACAGGUUGGUCGUGAUAAUCACGGUCCUGUGCUUCUGUUAUGUGAUAAUGUGAAAUAUACUUGGCCAUGUUUGGAUGUU